AUGGCAUCGCAGCUCCCUCCAGAUAUCGUCGAGAGCCUGCAGCAGUUGCUACAGGGCCUCAGCUCGGCCGACAAUGCCAUUCGUCACCGCGCGGAGGAGUCUCUGACUAACGACUGGGUCGCUACAAAACCGGAAAUGCUGCUUUCGGGCCUGGCGGAACAGGUCCUGGGGGGUGGUGACGCGAAUGCUCGCUCGUUUUCGGCCGUUCUUUUCCGACGAUUGGCGCUCAAGACUCAGACUAAGAAGGAUGAGCCGCAGGAACUCUACAUUGGUUGCUUGCCCGCAGUAAGGACCUACAUUCGCGAUAUCCUCCUGCGCGGCUUCGCCUCAGAAACCGACGACCAUGUACGGAAGAAGAUUGGUGAUUCUAUUGCGGAAGUUGCCAGGCAACUUUCGGAUGCUGAAGAGCCAUGGCCCGAAUUGUUGCAAGCACUGUUUUCGGCAAGCAAGUCGCCACACGCGAGCUUCCGAGAGGGCGCUUUCAGGAUAUUUACCACCACGCCGGGUAUCAUCGAGAAGCAGCAUGGCGAUACCGUCAAAGGUGUCUUCAAUGACGGCUUCGCGGAUCCCGAGCAGAAGGUCCGCAUUGCAGCAAUGGAGGCUUUCUCGGCAUUCUUCCGAUCGAUUAAGAAGCCUGCGCAGAAGGCAUACCACGGAUUGUUGCAGAAUAUCCUGGUGAUACUGGUUCCUCUGAAGGAGCAACAAGACUCGGACUGCCUCGCCCAGGCCUUGGUAGCUUUGAUGGAACUUGCAGAGGUUGCGCCUGUCAUGUUCAAAUCAGUCUUCAGCGAGGUCGUCAAGUUCGGCAUUGCUGUCGUCCAAGACAAGGAUCUCACCGACAUGACGAGGCAGAACGCAUUGGAGUUCCUUGCGACCUUUGCCGAUACCGCACCGAAUAUGUGCAGGAAGGAUCCUAACUAUACCUCGGAAAUGGUUACUCAAUGUCUUAGCUUGAUGACCGACAUUGGAGCCGACGACGAUGAUGCGUCUGAAUGGAAUGAAACAGACGAUCUUGACGUUGACGAGAGCGACCUCAAUCAUGUUGCUGGAGAACAAUGUAUGGACCGUCUGGCCAAUAGACUUGGUGGUUCCGCUGUUCUUGCACCGACAUUCCAGUGGCUUCCUCGGAUGAUGACUUCCUCGGCAUGGCGUGAUCGACAUGCGGCUUUGAUGGCCAUUUCUGCUAUUUCAGAGGGCUGCCGUGAGAUGAUGGAGGGCGAGCUUGACAAAAUCUUGGAUCUGGUCGUUCCGGCAUUGAGAGACCCUCAUCCCCGAGUUCGAUGGGCAGGAUGCAAUGCGUUGGGCCAAAUGAGUACGGAUUUUGCUGGAAUUAUGCAGGAGAAGUACCACCAGGUUGUUAUGUCGAGUAUUAUUCCGGUGCUGGAAUCCCCAGAGCCAAGGGUACAAUCGCAUGCCGCCGCGGCACUGGUCAACUUUUGCGAGGAAGCCGAGAAGGAGGUUCUGGAGCCCUACUUAGACGAGCUGCUUAAGAGGCUGCUGGCUCUGUUGACGAAUGAUACCAAGCGAUAUGUCCAGGAACAAGCCUUGUCGACUAUUGCUACCAUUGCGGACUCGGCGGAACAGGCGUUCGGCCGCUAUUAUGAUCAUCUCAUGCCACUGUUGUUUGGCGUUCUGAACCAGCCGCAGAAUGCCCAAGUGAAGGAGAACCGAUUGCUGUGUGCUAAGGCUAUGGAGUGUGCCACUUUGAUUGCUUUAGCCGUCGGCCGGGAGAGGUUAGGAGCGGAUGCGGUUCAGUUGGUGCAAGUGCUCGGACGAAUUCAGCAAUCGGUGUCGGACCCGGAUGACCCUCAAGGAUCCUACCUGCUUCACUGCUGGGGUAGAAUGUGCCGAGUCAUGGGCAACGACUUCUUGCCAUAUCUGCCUGCUGUUAUGCCCCCACUGCUCGAGCUCGCUAGUGCGAAGGCUGAUGUGCAACUUCUUGAUGACGAAGAGCAACUGGCUACUAUAGAACAAGAAGAAGGUUGGGAGUUGCUUCCCGUUCGAGGAAAGUACAUUGGCAUCAAGACUUCUGCUUUGGACGACAAGUAUAUGGCGAUCGAGCUUCUCGUCAUCUAUGCCCAACAACUGGAAGCCGCCUUCGAACCUUAUGUUCACACCGUUCUUAAGGAGAUCGCUAUUCCAGGCCUUCGCUUCUUCUUUAAUGAUGCAGUACGCGUUGCCUCGGCGAAGCUGGUUCCUCAACUUUUGAACAGCAUGAAGAAAGCACAUGGACCUCAGUCUCCACAGCUGGCCGAGAUUUGGCAGCCAACAGUCGGAAAGAUCCUGGAAGACCUCGCCCAAGAACCGGCAGUUGAUACCCUUGCGGAGAUGUACCAAUGUUUCUACGAGUCCGUUGAAGUCGUUGGUCAGAACUGCUUGUCUCAGGAGACGAUGGCUGCGUUCAUUUCUGUGGUCGAGAGCUCGCUUCAGGAAUACCAGCAGCGUCACGAGCAGCGAGUAGUGGAGCUCUUGAAGCCAGAGGAGGAGCGUGAGGACACCGACGAGAUGCUUUAUGCCAUCGAGGAUGACCAGACCCUUUUGGCGGAUAUGAACAAAGCCUUCCACACAAUCUUCAAGAACCAGGGAACAUCUUUCCUCCCUCAAUGGGAGCGCUUAAUUCCGUUCUACGAUCGGUUUAUCAACAGCUCGGAUGCCACACAGCGUCAAUGGGCACUCUGCAUCAUUGACGAUGUGCUGGAGUUCUGCGGGCCGGAGGCGUGGAAAUACCAGGCUCACUUUACGGGACCUCUCGUGCAAGGCCUGUCCGACAAGAUUCCGGCGAACCGACAAGCGGCCGCGUAUGGUGUGGGUGUUGCUGCUAAGAACGGUGGCCCCGCUUUCUCGGAGUUUGUCGCGCACACCAUCCGGCAAUUGUUCGAAGCCACCCAGGGGCCCAAGGCACGCCGGGAUGACCACGUUUUCGCCACCGAGAACGCCUGUGCUUCGAUCGCAAAGAUCCUGCACUACAACAGCAGCAAGGUGCAGGACGUCCAGGCGGUUGUCAACCACUGGAUCGGGACGCUGCCCGUCGUCAAUGACGACGAGGCAGCCCCGUUCGCCUACGCAUUCUUGGCCGAGCUCAUUGAGCAGAAAAACCCUGCUGUCCUGAACGCCGCCCCCCAGGUCUUCGACUACGUUGUGCAGGCGGUGGAUGCGGAGACCAUCCAGGGCAACGUUGCCGAGAGAGUGAUCAACGCGACCAAAGCGUUGAUCGCGAUGACCGGAGCAGACGUCCGCGAGCUAGCAGCUCGCCUGCCCGCCGAGAUGGUCCCCACCGUGCAGCGUCACUUCGUGUAG